AUGUUGAUGGUAGGUCAUAACGAGCUGUAAUGCACAAAUAUUGUAUCUAGAAUAACUUUCCAACAUGGACUUUUUUAAAGUUAUCUCACAUGUUGUCUCAUAAUUUUUUUUUUAAGUCUGCCAUGUACAUUGUUAUGGAGUCACAGUUUGACUACUCAGUUGUAAGUACUUUUCAACACGCAGUGUCAUCCUCAAGGUUGUAUUUUGUAUUGUGCACUAAAAUGAAAUACAAACAACAAUUUCAGCAUGACAUGCCUGUUUUGCGGCGAUGGUGGUGCCUGUUGCUCCUGGAGAACAAUUCUUUGAACAGGUAGACAGUUUAAGUAAACUAGAUGCCCUAAUUAACUGGAAGACAAUCAAUAUAUUGUACUUAAAGAUAUAUUGUCAUUACAGUUGUGGGAAAAUCUUCGCCCACUGGACCAAAGAAUGUCAAGAGCUCAUUGCUGGAAAGCAUACUCCGGUCUUCAGUCUAAAGAGGAAGGCAGAGCAGCAGGACAUAGAGGUUAGAAAAUUGCCUUCUAAAACAGUAUUAUCUCAGUGGGAGUCCUUCAGAAUGCACACAGUUGUAUGGAUCAACAUUGUCUCGAUGUAUUUGGUAAUUGAUGUUACUUUUCAAAUUGCCUUGUCAAGGAAACCGUGACGCAGACGGCAUCAGAUGUCCAAAGAAUGUGCAUGGCAGAUUCAAUGCAAUUCUGUGUCUACCAGACAUCGAACAACACAGGAGAGAGGUGUGUUGCAGACUCAAUUUAAUAAAUGCAAUUAUCGGGGCCUAUUCAGUGAUUUUCCAUGAAGUGACCACUUUUACAUAUAGUUUAAAUGCACGAAUCAUGCAGGAAAAUUAUUUAUACAUUCAAAUGUGCUGCAGAGGUAUCAUCAAUUGGACAGCGUGUUUGUUUAAUAUUAUGUUUGUCUCUCAUUUGAUCAGAUUGCUUUACCCUGAGGUAAAAUUGAUCAAAUGGGUCCAGUGCAAGACGUGCAGGGGCUGGCUGCAUCAGGAUUGUGCUGGGAUUGAAAUGGAGCCGUUUGACUGCGGGUGCGAGGACUCCAUUGAGCAUCCUCGGUAUAACAUAAUUUAUCAAGGAAACAUAGUAUCAGUCAAAAAUACGAGGCUCAAAGGAUGAAAAAAUGAGGGCUUGCUCUUUUCUUAUUUCUCUGCAGGAUCAAGGAUGCUGUUGACAGUUGA